UAUUAAUAUUUUCAAAUAUUACAGCAAGCGGUGGAGGAAAAAUACAAGUUAUGUGACGAUAUGUUGUCAAAGUUGCUUAAGUGGAUUAGCGAGGUUGAAGGGAGAAUAUCGUCUCAAAGUGUCGUUCGUGAAAGUGAGGAGGAGCUUCGAAAUCAGAUAAACACAAUGAAGCAAGUCAAAGACGACUUAGAUCAGCAUGCGAGCCAAGUGUCGCACUGUGGUGAUCAAGUAAGACAACUUGUACUUACUGGUGGUGACGUUUUGUCCAAGAGCGAGGUGUCUGCUCUAGAGAAGAGUGGCAGGAAUCUCAAGUUAAGAUAUGAUAAGUCAGUUGACCGUGCAGAACGAUUGUUGAAAAAACUUUUCGCUGCUAGAGACGAGCUGUUUAAGCUCAAAGGUGAAUUGAGCAACUUUUCCACUUGGUUAAACAAAGCGCGGAGAGUAUUGGAAGAAAAAGAACGUUCUUUGAGUGACUUGCAUAAAUUAGAUUCUAGUACUGAUAGCACCAAGGAAUUUGUAUCCGACGUUAUUGCCCACCAAGCCGAUUUACGCUUCAUCACCAUGGCUGCUCAGAAAUUCUUCGACGAAUCAAAAGAAUAUCUCAACGUCUUAAACGAAUUCCGUACUUCGCUUCCUUCGCGUUUACCUCACAUUGAACCUUUAUCUUCUCAAGACUCCCCCAUACGAAACGAAGUCUCAUAUGUAACCCAACAGUACCGAGAUUUGCUACACCGAGCCAACAACUUAUCGGAUCGUCUGUCUGGUGUGGGCAGUCGCCAGCGUGACUAUACUGAUGCUCUUGACAAGGCGCGGCAGUGGUUACGAGAUGUUGAGCCCAAAGUGAAUAAAGUUCUCAAUGAGCCUAUCGCUGGAGAUCCGAAAGGUGUAGAAGAUCAACUUAAUAAGGCGAAAACCCUUAAUAAUGAAUUUAUUGCGAAUGGACGCUUAAUUGAUAACAUCAAACAGGCACUGGAUUCGCUGCUACGUUCUUUAGAGGGCCAACUGUCACCUGUUGAAAUGUCUCGUCUGGAACAACCCGUAAUUGAAUUGGAUCAAAAAUACAAACAGCUCGGAAAUGCACUCGCCGAACGUUGCCAAGAACUUGAUACUGCUUUGGUACAAUCCCAAGGCGUUCAAGACGCGCUCGACGGUAUCGUUAACUGGCUUAACUCGGCAGAAAAUCAAUUCAAAAAUCUACAAAGGCCAGCUUCGUUAAUCAAAGACCGACUUGAGGAGCAAUUGCGAGAACACAGAGUAUUCCAAUCCGAUAUCGACACACAUAUUUCAUCGAUCGAUUCCGUCUACUUAUCAGCGAGUGAGUUAAUCGUCUCGACGAGCAAUGCGCGCGUCGCCAAGCAAAUCGAAACAAAAUUAAACGAUGUUAAAGUCCGCUUUGAAAAAUUAUUUGAUCGAACUCAAAAACGAGCAGAAUUUUUGGAAGAUGUUAACAGCAACUUGAGCGUGUUUCUCACCCACUCCACACAGUUUGAGCAGUGGUAUUCCGGUAUCGUGGAACUGUUAGACUCGCGCGAUUUUGCCAAACUGAGCAUACAGGAAUACACAACUCGUAUGAGCGAUAUCGCGGCAAAUCGAGACGGGAAGAGAGAGCUAUUUGAUAGCACAAUUCGUGACGGUAAAGAUCUGGUUAACAAACGCGACGUCACCGAUACUGCACCAGUUCGGGAUAGAAUUAAGGCCAUGGAGAACCAGUGGAAAGAACUGAAUAGUCUUCUUGAUGAGAAACACAAGUUAUCCUUGCAACGCGCGGAACAAUUGAAUAUCUAUGAGGGUCUACGCCUUCAGGUAUCGGAAUGGUUAACCAAAAUGGAGACUAGAAUGACUCGUUUGGAAAUUGUUGCGCUCGAUAUGGAAACUUUACGACUGCAGAAUGAUGAGCUGAAACCGAUAGCGAAAGAAUACAGAGAUUACGCAGUCACUAUCGAUAAAGUCAACGAUGUAGGUAAUUCGUACGAUAAUUUAGUCAAAAGCGAAAGGCCAGAUUCUCCAACUAAAAAACGAACGCAAGCGUAUAGUCCAACGAAACGUACUACUAUUGCAGUCAGCCCAUUAAGACGCGGUUCACAAGACGGCCGAUCCCCUUCGCCUACCAAGGGAAUUAGUAUGCAAUCACCGAUAUCUCCUGGUGGAUCCAGUGGAUUUUCAUCACGCCGUUCCAGCCAGGACGGAUUCCACCUUGAAGAACUAUCGCCAAUUCAACAGCAGCUUUCCGAAAUUAAUAAUCGAUACUCUCUGCUCGGCAUUAAAAUCAGCGAUCGCCAAUCUGAAAUAGACAGCACUAGGGACGAAGUUAAAAAACAUUUAGACAAUUUGAAAAUUCUGGAUUCGUUCUUGGAUAAAGUGCAGAGACAGUUGCCGAAAGAAAUAGUACCCAACACGAAGGAGGAGGCCGAUAAGAGCGUGAAACAGAUCAGACAGAUUAUGGAAGAAUUGUACGAAAAACAAUCAUUACUCGACUCGACGCGAACUCAAGUCAAAGAUUUGCUUAGAAGAAAACCGGGAGCGCUCGGUGCAGAUAAUCUGAAUGAUGAACUUGAAGAUGUGGUGUCUAGAUGGAAGAGCUUAAAUGAUCGCUGCAAGGAUAGAAUAAAAUUCAUGGAAGAUAUGAAAGAGUUCCUCGACACCCACGAAUCCAUGUCGUCUUGGUUAUCGGCCAAGGAAAGAAUGCUAACAGUUCUGGGACCGAUUUCAAGCGACUCUCGUAUGGUCCAGUCUCAAGUACAGCAGGUGCAAGUAUUACGUGAGGAAUUCCGUACACAACAACCACAAUUGCAACAUCUAAUCGAUGUUGGAGAUUCAGUCCUAAGUUACUUAGAUCCUCGGUCACCUGAUGGUCAAAAGGUGAACACCAAACUCACCAAUGUACAACAACGAUGGUCCGAUUUAUUAGGAAAAUUGGAUGAGCGAGCUGAUUCUUUAGGAGCAGCAGUCGACACUAGCAGGGAGUUUGAUGCACAGCAUACCCGUUUACGUGAAGCCCUACAAACUAUAUCUGAUAAUCUUGACGAGUUACCUUUGGAUAGAGAUCCCGAAGAACAGUUGCGCAAAAUUGAAAAUUUCGAAAGACAACUGGAGGGACAACGUCCUCUAUUGGCAGACCUGGAAGCGGCCGGAAUUCAACUUUGCAAUGUGCUUAGCGAUCCGGCGUCCCGAACUGAUAUUCAAGCCAAGCUGGCAUCCAUCGGACGACAAUACAAUGCGUUGCAGAAGAAAUUGGACCAUAGAAAGGCGGAGAUCGAGGGCUCUCUUCGUGACGGCAGGAUGUUUGAGGCGUCGUGCGCGAAAACUUUAGGAUGGUUGUCUGAGGAGCUUGGAUCGCUAUCGGAGCGAUUACUCAUUUCGGCCGAUCGUGAUGUGUUGGAACAACAAUUGGCGCAUCAUGAACCGAUUUACAGAGAGGUCUUAGCAAGAGAGCAUGAGGUGAUUAUGCUGUUAAACAAAGGAAGAGAUAUGAUCUCGCGCAACAGCAAGUCUGAUAGUCGAACGUUACAAAGGGAUGUCGAUAAAAUACAACAACAGUGGGAUAAACUUAGAAAGGAAACUAUGGAUAGGCAGACCAGACUUCAAACAUGUAUGGAACACUGCCGCAAGUACUACAGAACCUUGGAGACAUUUUUACCUUGGCUUCGUCAAGCGGAAGACAAAUUAGAUUCACUAAAGCCGUCAUCCUUUAAACGUAAACAUAUAGAGAAGCAAUUGAAAGAUCUGCAAGUUUUUCGAAAUGAAGUGUGGAAACGUUCGGGAGAAUACGAGAAUACGCGAUCGUUAGGUGAUACAUUCCAUUCAGCGUGUGAUAUAGAUAAAGAUAUUGUUAAGAACGAACUGAAUAACUUAAAAGACCGUUGGGAUAAGUUAAAUAAUGAUGUCAUUGCGCGUACGCAGGCUUUAGAGGAUCAGUCAAGGAAAUUGUCCGAUUUUAACGAAAAUUUGCGUGAACUUCUGCAUGGUUUGGAGAGGUGUGAGGAUAAAUUGGCGUCGCAUGAUGCAUUAGGUGGUGUUGCUCGUGAUCCUAAAUUGCUCGAUCGUGUAAAAAGUUUACGUGAUGAGGUUGCCCAAUUGAAAAGACCGCACCAGACUGUUCGCCAGCAGGCUACUGAUUUAGUCCGCGAAGCUGCUGAGAAUAGUAUCGACGCCAAUCACUUAGAAGACGAAGUUGACGGUUUAGGAGAUCGAAUCAAUGAGUUGCAUGCGAAACUGGACGAUCGUUGUUCCGAUUUACAAUCUGCCGCCACUGCGGUUAUGCAGUUUAAUGAUCAAGUGAAAGCGCUAACUAACGACCUUUCCGGUUUAGAAACAGAGCUAGAUUCGAUGAAACCUCCUGGUCGCGAAUUCAAGACAGUUAAACUACAAAUCGAUGACAUAGGAAACCUAAUUGGUAAAAUUAAUAAAGCUUCAGAUGACGUUAACGAUGCUGUGUUCGCCGGCGAACGCUUGGUUGACAGUGGCUUUGCGCCCGAUACUGUCCAGACUAGACAGCAGGUGGAUAGUUUACGGAAACAAUUGGGCAAGUUGGACGAACGCGCAAGGAAUCGCGAGCAAAAUUUGGAAGGAACGCUUAAGAAAUUGCAGGAUUUCUAUUUGAAUCAUUCGAGUGUAUUGGAUAACAUAGGCGAUACUACAGAGCAGUUGCGCAAAAUGAAACCAGUUGCAUCCGAAGUGGAUAGUAUUAGAGCCCAGCAACAAGACUUUAAGAAAUUCAGAGCCAAGAGCGUCGAACCACUUAGCAAAAUGGUGGAUGAUUGUAAUCGUAUAGGUCAGAGUCUUAUUCAGUCCGCCUCACCGGGCGUUAAUACGACCACACUGGAGAAAGACUUAGAGAAAAUGAAUGAUUUGUGGAAUAGUCUAAAAGAAAAGAUUAAUGAUCGCGAGAGACGACUAGAUAUUGCACUAUUACAAUCUGGCAAAUUCCAAGAAGCUUUAGACGGAUUGGCCAAAUGGUUGACAGACACUGAGGAGCUAGUAGCUAACCAAAAAGCACCUUCUGCAGAUUACAAAGUUGUAAAAGCACAGCUUCAGGAACAAAAGUUCUUAAAGAAAAUGUUGCUGGACCGUCAACACUCCAUGUCAUCAUUGUUUAGCAUGGGCAAUGAGAUCGCCAAGGAAGCCGAACCCAAAGAACGUAAAGCUAUAGAGAAACAACUGAAAGAUCUCAUUGGGCGAUUUGAUGCUCUUACUGAAGGAGCGCAACAGCGCACGCUCGAUUUAGAAAGGGCUAUGCACGUCGCAAAACAGUUCCAAGAUAAGCUCGUACCUCUGCAAGACUGGCUCGAUCGCAGUGAACGUAAAGUGAAGGACAUGGAAUUAAUACCAACUGAUGAGGAAAAAAUACAGAUUAGAAUACGCGAACAUGAUAUUCUCCACAAUGAUAUAUUAGAUAAGAAACCAGAUUUUAGCGAGUUGACUGAUAUUGCGUCGAAUUUGAUGGCAUUGGUUGGCGAUGACGAAGCAAGUGGGUUGGCUGAUAAAUUACAGGAGGUGACUGAUCGUUAUGGUAAUCUAGUUGAAGCUAGCGAGCAUGUCGGCCAACUUUUAACAUCAUCCCGGCAAGGAUUGAGACAUUUAGUAUUAACUUACCAAGACUUGGCUGGUUGGAUGGAUGACAUGGAACAGCAAUUGAGUCGGUACAAGAUUCUGGCAGUACAUACAGACAGACUACUGGAGCAAAUGGAUGAUUUAGCGAAUUUGACUGAAAACAUCUCUAGUCGCCAGCAAGAUGUUGAUGGUACAGUUGACGCAGGUGUCGAAUUAAUGCGACACAUAUCAUCGGACGAAGCACUUCAACUGAAAGAUAAAUUAGACUCAUUACAAAGGCGAUAUAAUGAACUUACGUCACGUGGAGCCGAUCUCUUGAAAAAUGCUCAAGAUCUGUUACCGCUCGUGCAACAAUUCCAUAACAAUCACAACUGUCUCGGAGAAUGGAUGAAAACUGCAGAGAGCGUACUUCAAUCCGCCGACACAAACGAAAAUGAAAUCGCGCGGUUAGAACUAGAUUUGCAAGAACAGAGACCGAUUCUGGAGGCAAUCAACCUCUUAGGUCCGCAAUUAUGCCAAGCCAGCGCAGGCGAAGGCGCCGCUACGAUCGAAGGAUUGGUCACUAGAGAUAAUCGCCGGUUUGAUGCAAUUUCUGAGCAAAUACAACGACGCGCCGAAAGAAUCCACUUGGGCAAACAGCGAGCUUUGGAAGUAACCGGUGACAUAGACGAGUUGUUGGAAUGGUUUAGAGAGGUGGAGAGUCAAAUUCGUGACGCGGAAAAACCAUCGGCCGAACCAGACUUGAUUCGCGUGCAGUUGAAAGAACACAAAGCCCUUAAUGAUGAUAUUUCAAGUCAGAAAGGUCGCGUAAGAGACGUUUUGGCGACGUCCAGGAAAGUUCUGCGUGAAAGUCCGCCGAGCGAUGACACAUCUUUAAUUAGGGAAAAAAUGGAAGAUCUACGCGAAACGAUGGAUACUGUUUCGGCUUUAAGCUCAGAUCGUUUAGGUAUCCUAGAACAGGCACUACCUCUCGCCGAACAUUUCCACGACACACAUGCGGUACUGUCCAACUGGCUUAGUGAUAUGGAAGAACAGGUAUCCAUGCUAGCCAUGCCCGCCAUGCGUCCUGAUCUCAUCGCCCAACAACAAGACCGCAAUGAAUUGUUCGUACAGUCGAUUAAUGAACACAAACCUCUUGUCGACAAAUUGAAUAAAACUGGAGAGGCUCUUGUCAAACUUUGUAAUGAUGAUGAUGGCUCAAAGGUGCAAGAAUUACUUGACAGUUGCAACGAAAGAUACAGUGCUUUGAAAUUAGAAUUGCGCGAACGUCAGCAAGCGCUCGAGAGGGCACUGCAAGAGAGUUCCAAAUUUGCGGAUAAAUUAGAAGGUAUGUUGCGCGCAUUGACGAAUACUGCAGAUCAAGUUCACAAUCAAGAACCGAUCUCUGCGCAUCCUCCCAAAAUUCGAGAUCAAAUUGAAGACAAUAACGCGUUAAUCAGCGAUCUGGACAAGCGCAAAGAAGCUUACGCCGCCGUCCAACGGGCAGCAGACGAUGUGAUCAAUAAGGCCGGAAACCGCGCAGAUCCUGCGAUUAAAGAUGUGAAACGGAAAUUGGAUAAGUUAAAGAAUUUAUGGGAUGAUGUGCAAAAGGCGACGAAUGAUCGAGGAUUGUCUCUCGAGGACGCUUUGGAUGCGGCACAGAAAUUCUGGAGCGAGCUCCAUGCGGUUAUGGUGACGUUGCGUGAUUUGGAAGAUUCCCUCACCAGUCAAGAACCACCGGCUGUUGAGCCGAAAACAAUUCAACAACAACAGGUCGCGUUACAAGAGAUUAGGCAUGAAAUUGACCAAACUAAACCAGAUGUGGAUCAAGUCAGAGCAUCUGGGCAGGAAUUAAUGCAGUUAUGUGGCGAACCUGAUAAACCCGAAGUAAAGAAACAUAUUGAAGAUCUAGACCAUGCUUGGGAUAACAUUACCGCCUUGUAUGCCAAACGUGAAGAAAAUCUCAUCGACGCAAUGGAAAAAGCUAUGGAAUUCCACGAAACAUUACAGAACCUAAUGGUAUUCUUGAAUGAAGCAGAGAAGAAAUUUGUUAAAAUGGGACCAUUGGGAACAGACAUCGACGCUGUGAAAAGACAAAUAGAACAACUGAAGCAGUUCAAGUCAGAAGUGGAUCCCCACAUGGUGAAAGUUGAAGCGUUAAAUAGGAGUCUUAUCAGACAAGCUCAGGAGCUAACUGAACGCACAUCUGCUGAUCAAGCAGCCGCUAUCAAAGAGCCACUUGCCGCAGUGAAUAGACGUUGGGAUGAUUUAUUGCGGGGUGUUGUCGACCGCCAACGUCAGUUGGAGAAUGCGUUACUGCGACUCGGGCAAUUCCAGCAUGCUCUUAAUGAAUUACUGGUGUGGAUCAGCAAGACCGAUCAAACUUUGGACGAACUGAAACCUGUCGCCGGAGAUCCACAGAUUUUGGAAAUAGAGUUAGCGAAGUUAAAGGUUUUGGUUAACGACAUUCAAGCUCACCAAACCAGCAUUGAUACUUUAAAUGACGCUGGCCGGCAAAUCAUCGAAAGUGGGAAGGGUACGGAUGAGGCGUGUGUAACACAGGAUAAAUUGAACGUGUUGAACACUGCUUGGAGGGCACUUAUGCAAAAGGCUGCAGAUAGACAACGAGAGUUAGAGAUCGCGCUUAGAGAAGCUCAACAGUUCAAUGCGGAAAUUCAAGAUUUGCUUAGCUGGUUAGGUGACGUUGAUGGUAUUAUUGCCGCAAGUAAACCAGUUGGUGGUCUCCCAGAGACAGCUAGUGAACAACUUGAGCGAUUUAUGGAGGUUUAUAAUGAGAUUGAGGAGAAUCGUCCCAAAGUUGAAACCGUACUCGCUCAAGGUCAAGAAUAUUUGCGUAAAGGUUCAAAUGCGGCGUCCAAUUUGCAACAUAAUUUACGAACAUUGAAGCAGAGAUGGGAUUCGGUCACGUCACGUGCGAAUGACAAGAAAAUAAAAUUAGAGAUUGCGCUUAAAGAAGCGACCGAGUUCCAUGACGCUUUGCAGUCGUUUGUCGAUUGGUUAACAAACGCAGAGAAGGUUCUUUCGAAUUUGAAGCCGGUUUCUAGAGUUUUGGAGACCGUGCAGGCACAAAUCGAAGAUCACAAAGUAUUCCAAAAGGACGUCAGCGCUCACAGGGAGACCAUGCUUAACUUAGAUAAAAAGGGCACACAUUUAAAAUACUUCAGCCAAAAGCAGGACGUCAUUCUGAUCAAGAAUUUACUGAUCAGCGUGCAGCAUCGAUGGGAAAGGGUUGCAUCUAAAUCGGCAGAACGAACGCGAGCGCUAGAUCUUGGUUACAAGGAGGCGAGAGAAUUCCACGAUUCUUGGAGCGGCCUCAUGAGUUGGUUAGAAGAUACUGAGUCAUCGCUUGACGAAGUGAUGAGAGACGCAAUCGUUAAUGACCCCGAAAAGAUAAAGCAACGAUUAGCCAAACACCAAGAAUUCCAACGCGCUCUCUCCUCCAAACAAAGCAGUUACGAUAACACCAUGAAAGUGGGCAAGCAUCUGAAGGAAAAAGCUCCUAAGAUUGACGAGACCGUCUUAAAACAAAUGCUGGUGGAGUUGAAAAACAGAUGGACCUCUGUGUGCAAUAAGAGCGUAGAUAUACAACGAAAACUAGAGGAAGCUCUCCUUUAUUCUGGUCAGUUUAAAGACGCCAUUGCUGCUUUGUUACAGUGGUUGCAAAAGGCCGAGAAGGAUUUGUCGUCUGAGGAUCCGUUAUAUGGUGAUCUCGACACGGUUCAUCAUUUAAUCGAUCAACAUCACCAUUUCGAACAGGAAUUGGAGGCUCGUAACGCGCAAAUGGAAACAGUGAUGCGCACUGGACACGAGUUGGAAGUUAAAGGAAAUAAGGCAGACGCUGCGACUAUCCGAACACAAUUGAAUGAGUUAAACGCUAUCUGGGAGGUCGUAUCACGAUUGACUCACCGCAAAUCGGCUCGCUUGGAAGAAGCACUGAAGGAAGCUGAGAGGUUACAUAAGGCUGUGCAUAUGUUGUUGGAUUGGCUGUCUGAUGCCGAAAUGAAGCUUAGAUUUGCGGGAAAUACACCUGAAGAUGAGGAGUCGGCGUAUGCGCAGUUGGAAGUAUUGGAAAAGAUCAGACGCGAAUUACACGAUAAGGAAGUGGAAAAAGACAACACCUUAACCUUGGCCCAUAACGUACUCGCCAAGGCACAUCCAGAUGCAGUCAACGUAAUUAAGCACUGGAUCACUAUAAUACAGUCACGAUGGGAGGAAGUCUCGCAAUGGGCACAACAGAGGUACAAGAAGUUAUCAUCACACAUUCAAUCACUGAGAGACAUGGACGAUUCUCUGGAGGAACUUUUGGCUUGGUUACAAGGUCUCGAAAAUACCUUAUUGUCACUACGUCAAGAGGAGUUACCUAUGGACAUUCCAAGUACCGAACAACUAAUCGCCGACCACAAAGAGUUUAUGGAAAAUACCCAAAAACGACAGGUAGAAGUUGAUCGAAUUUGUAAAGCUAAACAGGUUAAACAAUCUGCAACUAAAGAAUCCAGAAAAAUUCCCAAGUCCAAGACGCCAAUUCGGGGAUCACAGCAUGAUGUCCGUGAAACGUCACCCGACGGCUAUGGCACUCUUGGGCGGAAACAGAGCCGAACCAGUCCCGGUCGAGAAAUUAGCCCAGAUCCAAACAUUCCUCACAUUGGACCUCGUUUUCCUCCUGCUGGCAGUACGGAACCAGAGUUUCGAUCGCCACGCGUUAAAUACUUAUGGGAUAAAUGGCGUAAUGUAUGGAUGUUGGAAUGGGAACGCCAACGGGUACUGUACGAUCACCUUGCAUACCUGAAAGAAAAAGAACGAGCUGAUAACUUCUCGUGGGACGAUUGGAGAAGAAGGUUCCUCAAAUUCAUGAAUCACAAAAAAUCUAGAUUAACAGACUUAUUCAGAAAAAUGGACAAGGACAAUAAUGGUCUAAUUCCGAGGGAUGAAUUCAUCGAUGGAAUCAUUAGAACUAAGUUUGACACAUCUCGAUUGGAAAUGAAGGCUGUGGCCGACAUGUUCGACCGAAAUAACUGCGGAUUGAUCGACUGGAAGGAGUUUAUCGCCGCAUUGAGACCAGACUGGCAAGAAAAGGCACCAGACAUAGAUGCGCAGAAGAUUCACGAUGAAGUAAAACGUUUAGUAAUGUUGUGCACGUGUCGACUGAAAUUCAAAGUAUUUCAAGUUGGCGAAGGAAAGUAUAGGUUUGGUGAUAGUCAAAAGUUACGUCUUGUACGUAUCUUACGAAGCACUGUGAUGGUGCGCGUCGGUGGCGGAUGGGUAGCACUUGACGAAUUUCUCUUGAAGAAUGAUCCGUGUCGAGCCAAGGGUCGCACGAAUAUAGAGCUGCGCGAACAGUUCAUUCUGGCAGAUGGAGUAUCUCAAUCAAUGACCGCAUUCAAGCCCAAAACGUCAGCCUCUACACCUGGUUCGGGCUCUUCUGCUAAUUCACUGCGCACUCCUACCGCUGGGCCGAUCACCAAGGUACGAGAACGUUCCGUCAGAUCUACGCCCAUGAGUUCAGGCGGUCCAACGAGAGCGUCAAAGUCCUCUUUGGGUACACCUGAAUCUCUCUCAGAUACGGAAGGGCCUUCACUUCGUACACCUAGAAAACCUUCGUAUAGGUCUACACUUACACCAGGAGGUUCAAGACCUAGUUCACGACCCGCAUCACGAACCGGCAGUCGACCUAGUAGUAAACCUCCUUCUAGACAUGGCUCUAAUUUAUCUCUCGACAGUACUGACGAUGGUACACCGUCGAGAAUACCAACCCGUCGUACUCCAAUGUCAGGUCGAAACACACUGACGGUAACGACAACAACCCCAAGGAAAACGACGCCACUUAACGGCCUCUCCUCUUCAAGACCACGAACGCCCACAGGUCUUCUCACUCCAACUAGUCCCGCUGGAAAAUCGUCUGGCAUACCCCGAGCAUCAAGCAUACCAACGUUAUUAAACACUGCUGUUUCAAGGUCACGUAUUCCUGUUUAUGUGGGACCGGAUGAAGGUGAUACUGAAUUAGAAUCACCUUCCACAACGAGCUCAUGUUCUUACUCAUUCUCUUCUGGGUCAAAGUCUUUGGGAAGUAAAUCGAGGAUACCUGUCUCCAAUAGGACGUUCAAGACGCCCGCAACACCUUCUAACGCUCCAACGCUCCGGACCGCCAUGAGGACGAGGACACCUUCAGGAUCUAACACACCAGUUCCCUCGGGAACGCAGACAGCAAGCUCAAGGCUUGUUAGGAAACCAUCCGGAGCAUCGGAUACAACAAAACCGCAAACGAAAAGAGCGACAACACCGAAAGAACCGUUCCGACUUUAAGACAUAAGUACUAACAGAAAUAUUCCAUUCUAAUAAUGACUGACAAUUAGCUAAGUUUUUAAUUUAUAUAUAAUGUGCAUAUUUUUAUAUGUUACAAAUGAAUGAUUUCGGCUUUAUAUUGCGGUAUAGCAAAAAUCGCCAGUUUUGUUUUACAGCAAUUUAACGCGAAAUGUAUUUAAUGCACUAAAAGUUCUCACUAUACUGUUAAUGGAUUUGGAAUCUUUUCUUUUCGAUUAA